AUCGCUGUCCCUCGGGCGGAUGGACGGCCACAGUGGGGCCAGGGCAGCGGGGUACAGUGAGGCGGGCGAAGACGACGACGACGAGGACGAGGAGCAGGAGGGCGGCGCUGUGGGCUUGCAGGGGGCCAAGCUGCCCCCCAUCGUGAGCGGCACCUCGGAGCUGGGCAAACGGAAGGUGAAAAAGAAAAAGAAAAAGAAGAAAAAGACCAAGGGGUCAGGCAAGAGGGACGAUAAACAGCAGGGCCGCGGCCUGAAGACGCAGCCGCCCUCCUCCUUCCAGGACAUCUUGAGUUCCAGCAAGGAGCGCGACCUGAAGCCGGAGCACAGGGCAGAGGCGGAGGCGGAGGCGGAGGCGAGCAGGCCCAGCCCUGUCUCCUCCUCCUCCGUCGGGGCCCUGCCCCACUUCCCCGUGCAGACCAAUGAGAGCCUGCGCUGGGACGGGGUCCUCACCGACCCGGAGGCCGAGAAGGAGAGGAUCCGAGUGUACAAGCUGAACCGCAGGAAGCGCUACCGGGGCCUGGCCCUCAAGGCUUUGCACGCUGAUCCUUGUGCUGAGGAGCCCCCCAACACCUUGCCCUACCUGCCAGACAGAGACUGCGGCCCUAGCCCUGGUGGCAGGCUGCCCGGCUCCUCCUCCAAGGGUGGCCGGCCUGAACACUACUUAGAAGGGCCCCUGGCCUGCAGGUUGCUGCCCCCUGACCUAGUGGGUGCCCUGCCGGACUGAGGCUGCCCACGGUGCCUGCAGCCUCUGCU